CUAGUUCCGCUGGGAGUUGCAGUCCCUCCAGCUGUCUGCUAAUCCCUGGCUCAGCCUCUUCCACUGGUGACAGCCGCCCCCCCCCCCUUUGUCACGUGACCAGCUCUCCUGACAGCUCCCCUGCUCGUCCCCGCCGCCGCCGCUCGCCCUCGCUCCUCUCGCUCUGCGGACCAAGGAGACAGCAGCCCCGGCCAGCAGCGGCAGGACAGCACCGGCCAGGUACCGAGCAGGUUCACCAUGACUGAGCAGUAUCAGGAUUAUGAUGCAGUGGGGGACCACGCCGGUGAUGACACCAACUCAGUAGUCACUGGUGGAAAUGAUGGCGGUCACGUACAAGAGGGUGUCAUCAGGCUGCCAACUGCAUCACAACAUGGAGAUGACGGAAGCGUUGGUCUGGAGGACGACCUAGCUAUUGGUGAAGCAGUAAAAGAACAGGGUCAUACUGAGAUCCCUGAGGCAACCACUGCCGAAGAAGCUGGUGUCGUUAACACCCCCAGCCAAGAAGACCAGGCUGCAGAGAGUGCAGCGAAAGAGAUAAAAAUUCCGGCAGCCGCAGGAGAGAUGGAGAUUCAGGAGUCCUCAAGUAGCACACCAGUUACAGAAGUGGGUACGGGAGGUGAUAAAUCUAUAACAGAACGUGAUGUGGAUGAUUUGUGUGUCAUUACUGGAGACACAUAUGAAGAUGUCAGUCCCGGCUGGACAACAUUGAGUAAUGAAUUUACAGAACCUUCUGAAAAUCAAGACAAACAUGCAUUAAUCCAAGAAUCCAAUGGGAUUGUUACUCACAGGGAUGAUGAUGAUGGUAGGUUGGAAGAACCCAGAUAUGAAGGUGGGGAAGAGGAGCAGGAUAGCACGGUAUCUAUGGAACUACAACUUGGUCUACAGCCUGAGACCAAUGGCCUUGCAUUGGACGUAGAAGAACCCCACAAGCUCCUCGAUGGCUCAGCUUUUACAGAAUCAAACAACAAACAUGAGGAUGAUGUACAGAAGCCACAUGAUGACAUAGCAGCUGAUUCUUUUCCAGUUGAAGACCAGCUAGUGCUCACUCGCCGACAGCCAUCUGUAUCUAUUUACCAGGUAGAGGUUGAUGCCAACAAGCCAAUAGACGGCAACAAGAUAUCACCAUGUGAAGCUGCCAUUACACCAAGCCAGGACACAUCAGAAAAACAUUCGCCAUCUGUGGGUGAUGUUGUGGGAAUCCCUAGGAAACGAGUAUCUCCACAUGGAUCUGGAAUACCCGUCAGCAGGGUUCCUGUAUUUAAAGCCCAUGAUCAAGAGAAGCAUGAAAGUGACUCUCAAGAGAAAGUACAGACAUCUUCUACUCCACGCAUUGCCAAACUCACAACAGGCAGAACUUCCACAAUCCCCAAAAGAUCCCCUUCUGCUAGCACAGUCACCCAGAAAAAAACUUCCACUCCAACAGUACCUCCAGCACGGAGCCUUACGCAGUGGACUUCCCCUGCGACGUAUCGCCCGCUGGGUCCUUCACCACGGGCUAAGGAUGGUGUUCAUGAUGGCACAGGGGUUAAGCAGCCACCUAUCAAGAGCCCUGCCAACACAACUAGAAUCCCAUCCAAGACUCCCACAGUUCCUAAGACUCCACCUACCGCUCUGAAAAGAGAUCAGAAGAAGCCACCAUCCACCAUAAACAAAGGUGAAAGAGCUGAAUCUCCAAAAUCUGGUGAAAGAAGUGGAUACAGUAGUCCUGGAUCACCUAGUACACCAACAAACCGUUCCCGCACACCCUCAUCAAAUAUGCCGCCUAACCGGGAGCCCAAAAAGGUUGCCGUUGUGCGUACUCCUCCCAAAUCUCCUGCCUCUAUCAAGAGUCGCCUACAGCCGCUUCCAAGCCCGGUAGCACUCCCAGACCUGAAAAAUAUCAAAUCUAAGAUUGGCUCAAUUGACAACAUUCGGCACCAGCCAGGAGGUGGCAAGGUGCAGAUCGUCCACAAGAAAGUCGAUCUGAGUAAUGUCCAGUCAAAGUGUGGCUCCAAGGAGAACUUGAAGCAUGUCGCUGGAGGAGGAGCAGUGCAGAUAACACACAAACCAGUCGAUCUGAAACAUGUGACUUCCAAGUGUGGAUCCAUGUCAAACAUCCACCACAAGCCAGGCGGAGGAAACAUAGAAGUGAAAUCAGAGAAACUGGACUUUAAAGAAAAGGUUUCGUCCAAGAUUGGAUCACUGGACAAUGUCACUCACACGCCCGGUGGAGGAAACAAGAAGAUUUGUGGAGCAGGCUCUGCCAUUAUUGAGAGCCACAAACUGAGUUUCAGGGAGAAUGCCAAAGCCAAGACAGACCACGGAGCAGAGAUUGUCUACAAGUCUCCCAACCCUUCUGGAGACACGUCCCCCCGACGUCUCAGCAACGUCUCCUCUUCUGGCAGCAUUAACAUGUCUGACUCCCCACAACUCUCCACACUGGCUGACCAAGUCUCUGCCUCCCUCGCUAAGCAAGGCUUGUGAUGAGCUGAUUUCUAAACGGGAGCUGGAGGUUCGAGAAACGUAUCCAAGAUUUAAAACAAAAAGGGAAAGUUACAUAAAAUUGCCCACACUUAAUUGAAUAAUUAAACUGUCUCUUGUAUACUUA